AAGAAGAAGAAGGCAGAAGAGAAAAGAAGAGAAGACCAGACCAGAGAGAAUUCUAGAGGGAAAGAAGCUAGAGUUUCUCAAACUCUAGAGAUAGAGGAUGCAAACACAGAGGCAAAUCACUUGGGAGCAACAACAACAAGGACAGAUUCAAAGGAUGAAGAAUUCAGGAAUCAUAGGCAGUGAAAGCCCACCAAGGGAAGACAAAGAUGAAGAUAUGUCAAGAUCUGCUCUCACAACUUUUAGAGCCAAAGAAGAAGAAAUUGAGAGGAAGAAAAUGGAGGUUAGGGAGAAGGUCCAAGCUCAAAUUGGUCGAGUUGAAGAGGAGACCAAACGAUUAGCAGAGAUCCGUGGAGAGCUUGAAGCAUUGGCGGAUCCAAUGAGGAAGGACGUUUCUUCAAUACGUAAAAAGAUUGAUACUGUGAACAAAGAGUUGAAACCAUUGGGGCUGAGCUGCCAAAAGAAGGAGAAAGAAUACAAAGAGGCCCUUGAAGCUUUCAAUGAAAAGAACAAGGAGAAAGCUCAACUAAUUACAAAACUAAUGGAGGUGAGUGAGAAAUGAGAAUACACUGGUGGCUGAAAGUGAGAGACUAAGGAUGAAGAAGCUGGAGGAGCUGAGCAAGAAUAUUGAUUCCCUGCGCUGAAAAAUUCACAAUGUUUAUACUAAAUUAGGCCUGCAGUGUGCUAUAUUUUAGAUGACCUUUUACUCUCUUUUAUCGAUUUCCUUGAUUUGGUGUAUUGUAAUGUUUAUGUUUAUGUUUAUGUGUUCAAUUUGCUUUUUCUUGAGGGGUUCUUGAUCAGAUUUAUGAAAGAAACACACCCCCCCUAAACAGGUUUCUAACUAAGAACACCUUUAACGUUCAAUAUAUUUGCUUCUCAUUUAUUCUUGUAAUUAAUAGAAAGACAAGCUUCUCAGGUUUCAUGUUUA